AUGGCUCGUAAGCGUAAGGGCCAGGCCCUUAACGACUGCCCCAAGGAUCUGAACGACAUUCCUUACAUCCGCUGGAUGAACCAGCAGAUCGCCAACGGGCGCCAUCCGAGAGGAUUAUCCACGCCGCCCCCUGCAAGGACGGCGGCAACAGUGCGGCCCGUCGUUGCGCAAGAUGAUGACGACAUCGAUGAUGACGACCACGACAAAGGCCAAAGCACAGAAGACGAGGUGGAAGAACCGGAAGACCUUGGGAUGUCGCCCAGCGACGACGACGACGACGGUGACGAUGCCGAGGACGACGCGGAGGAGGAAACGCAACCCGUGGCACAGCCGCCGAAACGGGGCGCCGCACGCGCAUCUGGGACUGACAAAGGCAAAGGCAAGGAACCACGGAAGAAGCGGUCGGCUGCACCAGUCGCGAGGGGCUUAUGGUCAGACAAGGAGAGCACCAUCUUCGCCGCGGCGAAGUGGUUCACCAAAGAAGAGCUCGAGCCUCUCGAGGGGAAGCAGGGGACGCAAUACUGGGUCCGACUACUCGCGCACAUCAAGGAGUCGAACCCAGGAUGGUGCAGGGGUGUCAGCGCGUUGCAGAAGCAGUGGCGUAACUUGAUCCUCCUUUGGCGGGAGUACAAGCGGGGCGACGGGGGGUCGGGCAACGGCUCGGUGGAGAAACCACCGUGGUAUCCGUACCUGGAGCUACACAACCAGGAGACCGCCGCAGCCGCACCGCAUGCGGUGGACGGCGGCGGCGCCACUAACGUCGACGUGCCGGCCGGCAUGGAGGUUCCAAGUUCGCGCGCCCGGGUGCAUGAGACGGCUACUAUGCAAGCUGCCAUGGAUUGUCACGGUGACGCGAUGACGUGCAUUGAGAGCCUCGUCCGUGAAUGGAUGGCGCAGGACAUGCGCCUUGCCCGCGAGCGCAUGUCUGAAUCGGCUCCCCCGGACGUGCACCGUGCGCCGCCAGAUUUCACCCCUCCUCCGCCACGCGGGGAGUCCGCGCCACCUCCCGAAGCCGCCCUGCAGCGCGACGAUGUUGGCGACGUCAACACCGUCACUCCGGGUGCUGAGGAUGUGGAGAUAUGGGUGCGCGGCGCCGACGAUUAG